AACAGUGUUCAGACAGUGUCGUGAAUCACAUGGAUAAAAUGGCAGAGCAACGGAAACAGAAAAAGGGUAGCAAGAAGUCCAAAAAAAGCUGGAGGAAAAACACAGACAUUGCUGAUGUCGAGGAACAUUUAAAAGAAUUAAGAAGAGACGAUAGAACUGGAGGCAACGUAACACAAAAAAAUGACCAGAGUAUAUUUUAUGUUGAUAAGAAAAAGAAUGAUCCCAUCAAAACAGGAAAAACAAAACAAAUUGAAGCUGGUGAUGAAGAGGAGGAAGAAGAGUAUGUUCCGAGAAAACAAAAAUUAAUGCAGAAACUGAAAAAAGAGAUGCAAAAGGAAAGAGAUGCAGCGCGAAAAAGAAAAGUUCAAAAUAUAUGGGGCCAAGAAGUUAUGGAAAUCUCAAAUGAUUUUUUAGAGCCGACAGUUAAAAAACCAAAAGUGAAACCAGUAACAGUAGGUGUGGGCAAAUCAGACAUUGGUGCAGUUUCCAUACCUGAGCCUGGUGCUUCGUACAAUCCAGAUUAUGACUCACAUCAAGAACUUUUAGAGAAAGCCAAUGCUAUUGAAGUAAAGAAAACGAUGGAAAGAGAAAAAUUGAAUAGAAAAGUUAAAUCUGUGUCUGUAAAAGAGUUGAAAAAACAGUCAAAAUUGUGGCUGAAAGAGAUGUCGGAAGGUUUGUUUCAAGAAGUUGACAAUACGAGUGCUAACAGUGACGAAGGAGAAAUAACAGACGUAGUGAAAAGUAAUAUGAGUAACAAAUUAAAAACUUUGAAAACCCGUCGGAAAGCGAAAACCGUUAAAGAGGAGGAACGCGAAAGGCUAAAACUUAAAGAUGUGAAAAAGAAAUUAAACGACAUAAACAGAAUCAAAACGUUCAAAAAAGAAAUUCGAAAAGUAGAACAACUAUCUGCUACUCGUCAAAAGAAGAGAGUGGAAGAGAAAAUGAAAACUCGAACAAAACGACUGGGCAGGCACAAAUAUGAAGAUCAGGGGAUUACAGUGCAACUGAGUGAGGAUUUAACCGGCUCCUUACGAGAGUUAAAACCAACUGGUAAUCUUUUGGAAGACAGAUUUAAAAGCUUGCAAAAGCGAAAUAUAAUCGAAGCAAGAAAGCCUGUGGUCCCACACCGAAGGUACAAGAAAAAGACGUACGAAAAGAGAUCAUAUAGAACGAAGACUAUCAAAGAAUUUGAGCCGAAGACAUGAUUUAUAUAUCUUUGUGAAUCCUAUGCGAAGAAUAAGUGUACUCUCCGCUGGUAAGACUGUCGAUUCUACUACAUAGCCGAAAGCCGUUGGUUUUUACGCCCAAGUUUGUCAUAUUUAACCAACCUUGGAUUGGUGGAUGCAAAUGGACAUUCAAAUCUAGUCAAUAAAAAUUUAGAUGUUGUUACGAUCAAUAACAAUUUUACGCAAGUGUUGUACUAGAAGAGGCCAUCACAGCGCUUUCAUCCAUCACAGCACUGUCAUCCAUCCUCUAUUCACCUAUUUUUUCUUAUGAUUUCUUAUUUUUACAACCCUAAUCACAUUUUUUAGGAUAUCUUUUCGCACCAAUUUUUAUCUCCAUUUUCAGCUCAAAUUCAAAGCUUGUGAUCUGAAAUAGAAUUGAGUUUUUUAUGUAAGUCACUAUAAUGCAACAUUUCGUUCCCUUUAAAUAUAAAAUAAAAGAAGAUAAAUUGCGAACUAUUAUAUUAUAAAAAAAGUACAUAAUAAAGAAUCAGCAAAUCCAGGUUUUUUACCUACUGUGCUAGAAAAUAAAUUGAGGUAUGGUAUGCAGAGAAAAAUUGAGGUAUGGUAUGCAGAGAAUCAUGCGCACGAAUCAAAUUAUGUUUAUGCAUUGCUUGCAUCUAGAGGCUUUCAAGCGUGAAAAGAUCAAAUUAUUCUUUGCAAUUUUAUUUUGCUUGCUGCUUCUAUAAGAAUUUGAAAGUUAAUAUAAUUUUAAUAUUUCAUAGUUUUUAUAAAUAACUUGUUUUUAUUGAUUUUACCAUACUGGAUAUGGUUAUAUACACGUGAAAAAUUCGAGUAUGCUU